AUGUUGUACCAAAAGGGUGAAGAUAGACCUAUAAUGGGAUUUGCACAGUGGAGCCCAACGAAAUCACCACCAUUAGAUUCCUCUUCCAUUUGCUAUUUGUCAAACAAACAAACAAAAAAUGGAGAAAGAAAAAAAGAGAGCAAAACGCAGCGUAUAGAGAGGGAUUUAGGGCUUAACAGGUUGUGCCCUUUCAACUCAUCGUUAAAACAUGAACUCUCUCCUUCCUUGUACGGCGGUCGCGGAUCAGAACAUUCAAACAUCUCCUCUCUUGAUCACUGCCGUGACUUCUACACAGCGCCGCCGUUCAAUCCUCAGUCGCAGCUCUCAGCCUUCUUUGCGUACGACAUUGACGAUGUGCUGAAGUUGUAUAACGAUUCGAUAAUGAUGAUGAAGUUGAUUCGUUCUUGUUUGCGGAUGCCGGUUGCGGAUCGACUGCGUAAGACGAUGGAAGAAGUUGUUGUAGUUGUUGCUGAUGAAGAGGUGUUGAAGAUGAUGAGAGAGUUACGAGAAGCUUGCAAACAAUUUCAAGAAUUUGUGAUGGAUGAAUCGUGA